AGAGACGCUUCGGUUGUCUUAUUUAUUAUAGUAUCAAAAAUAUCGCAGUAAAAAAAGCUAACGUACUUACAUCUCGUUUUGAGAUUAUCAUAUUCAAACUGUUUUUCCUUUCAAUGGGAUCUCUGAGUGUCGAUUCGUUUGAAAUCGAGUAGCUAUUCAGUAAUCACUUUGCCUAUCAAUGGCCUYGGAUUGACAGUCAAACCGGCUUUUCAAACCGGCAUAAUUAUAUUCAACUAAAAGCAGUACGAGAUACUAAAUGGAUUUUAGCCUUGUUAUAAUACUGUAAGUCUUUCUAGACAAAAUGCGUUUCACAUAAUAUCAAAGAUUAAAAGGAUAUUAUAGAUAAGUAGGUCGCAUAAAUAAAUAAUCAAGUUGUCAAACGAAUAAAAYCCAUUCAGCUGCGAGUCGUCGGUAUGCUAUGUGGUAAUAUCAGCGGACUAACGUGACACCUAUAUGCGACAUUACUCUGCUUUUCACUACUUUGCUGUCACUGUCACUGUGUCCACACGUUGAAAACGAACUUUCAUCCGGGUAUACGUCCAAGCUAUUCACACAGUUAAGAUUGUAUGUGCCCGCGCGAUUACACCAUUUUUACCGGAAAUGUUUCGAUGUGGUCACGGCUGAAUUUAUUCGCUAGUGGUCUUCAUUCAUAGAAGGCUGGAUGGCUUUCAUCAGGGAAUGGAUCAUACUUCGAUAAACUCUUUCAAUUCGAAAAGGAACCUUAAACUGCCGCCGAUCCAAGGAGCUCUUCCAGCUGGUAUUUAUGAUGACAAGAGAUGGAACUCUAGCAAUAACAAUAAAUCUAUUUCGCAUCAACACCAGCACCAUACUAGAAUCAAGAAAGAUCUUCUUGAAGCGACUAAUUUUCACUCUAUAAACCGAGUAGAUUUGAACGCAAGAGUUGAUUUUCCGCGCCACAAAGCGGUAAUCAAAUCACCUAGACAACAUGUAYCGGUUCAGAUCAACUUAGGACAUGAGUUUCCUAAAAGUUAUACCGUUUUGCCGCCAAUAAACAACAAGAAAGCAACCGCAUCUCAACCACGGAGACCAGCUUCUAUCAAACGACAUGAAAAACCUAGUGAAAUUAGAAUUCAGAAAGARGAAAGUCCUGUUAAUGACAUUAACAGCGAACCAAAACUACCACCAAAAUCAUCGGCUGCAAGAACAGCAGCGGAGUUAUCGGCGAGACGACGAGAAAGACUAAAAGAAAAACUAAAAGCUGCGGAGGCCAAAGAGAAUAUAUCGAACGCUGAACAAAUAAAGAUGUUAGACGAGACAACGAUUACGACUAGCCUUCAUUUUGAACACACUAAAACGGAGCGAGAGGACAGCGUCCCGCGGAAGCGAAGUCCUAUGUUUUUAGGACACUUGAAGUGCAAGCGUUACGGACGAAGAAAUGGUGUUUGCACUGACAACGAGCCCACAUUGAUGAACGUUACAGACCAAUUGAAGGAAAUUUUUCUUCGUCGAAACAUGGAAGAGAUGUAUUUAAUUUAACAAGCAGUUGGAUCAACUAGUUCUACCUAUUGCGAACACCUGACGUGGGAUUAUUUGGGCACAAGCAAAUUGUUUAUUCAAGCCUCGAGUUCGGCCUAGCAAUACAAGKAUGAUCGUUCUUGCUGGAAUUAUUUCCGUCAAGACCACUGUUGUGAAACGAACGAAACUUAAUCUCGGGGGUUAUUAGUGACCUUUAGAAACUUUAUACCGGUGUCGAGUUUAAAACAAAUUGUGAUAUUGAUUCUCAUUUUUUUCAAGCAAAUGGGCAACACCAUACCGAGAAAACGGUGCCAGUUCAAAUUAUUUAUCACUAAAUCAAGUAUGCUGUUCGCCUUUUUGCAAUCUUUAYGUUCGUACAUAAUAUAACGCCCCGGUAUACUGUAGSAUAUAUAUUAUAAGGACUUCAUUUCUGAUCUUAAGUGACAAUCCUGUGUUUUGAUGGGACARAUUCAAAACGUGUUUUCUAGGUCUGUAUCAAAUCAUUUUUAACCAUUUCUAAAAGCGUGUUACUUCUCUAACAAUCAGGUUUUCUCCGUCAUAAGAGUGUAGAUAACGAGGAAUAUAGGUGUGUGUCGUCAAGAGGUUCCUUGACAACAUUUCCAUGAAUGACGGAUUACAAAAACAUUAAGAAAAAAAAGCUGAUAUUCACUUUAAUAUUUUAUUUUAGAAUKAUAUUUUGGCUAUAUAGAAAAACUAAGUUUACCACGAAAAGAAAAGGGUCAGUGUUUGUAUAUUUAUAUUGUUAGUAAUGUAACGUCGCUAUGGUUGCUAAGCCCCUUUUUCGCAGCUGUGUAGUUCAGAGCAUUUUCAUUGCUCCAUUGUACAUAUGUAAUACAGAAAAUAUUUGUAAUAUAGAUAAAUUUUAUUAAAGAAACAUGAAGCAUA